AUGUCACACUCGUUACCUGCCAAACCAUGCCCCUUAAAAAUUACCGGCAAGCAUGGCCAGCAUCGGCCGAACCUGGUGAUAUUCAUGCCAGACCAGCUUCGCUAUGAUUCUUUGGGCUGCACAACGGAAGGAGUCUGCCCUGUUAAGACGCCCAACAUCGAUGCCUUCAGUCGCAGGGGCACGCUUUUCAGUAAUUGCUUUGUUCAGGCAUCGGUCUGCUCACAGUCGAGAUGCUCUAUGUUCACGGGCACCUAUCCGCACGUGAGUGGGCACCGAAGCUUGGAGAAUCUCAUCAAGCCUUGGGAGCCGAACAUGUUCCGAAGUCUCAAAGAGAAUGGCUACCAUGUAGCUUGCCUUGCUCCCAGGGGCGACACUUUUGCGCCAACUGUCACCGAAUUAAGCGUGACGGAGUAUGGAUUCCUCGAAACUCCAGAGGUCGUGCCUAAGUUUACUGGCGGAGGUGUGCCUGAUAACGAAGAAAACGAAAAUAUUUGGUCUCGAUUGUUCUACAAAGGCCUCCGGAACGCAUCUGACGCCUCGGACUAUGAUGAUGCGGUGGUCAGAUCGGCGCUGGCCUGGCUUGAUUGUCCACCCACCGACAAACCCUGGGUCCUUUUCAUGCCAUUGCUCUUCCCACAUUGCCCAUUCCAGGUCGAGGAGCCGUACUUCUCUCUUUACGAUCGCUCGGCGAUGCCCAUGGUGAAGUCAACCCCAGACGCCAAGACAGGUUACGAACCGCGAUAUAUGAAAGUAAUUCGUGAACAAUAUGGAACGCACCGCGCAACGCCUGAAAUCUGGGCCGAGAUCAAGGCCACUUACUACGGGAUGAUAUCUCGAUUGGAUGACCAAUUCGGGAGAAUCAUUAACAAAAUCGAUUCGCUAGGGCUUUGGGAUGAAACGGUGACCAUGUUCUUCACAGACCACGGUGAAUAUCUUGGAGAUCAUGGCUUGAUUGAGAAGUGGCCGUCGGGGCUAUCUGAAACUUUGGUUCACGAACCGCUCAUUGUCGGCGGCGGCGGGCUCCCACAGGGCCAGGUCACGGAUGUCAUGGCCGAAAUGGUUGAUCUUGUCCCAACCAUCUUCGAGCUGUGUGAGAUAGGAGAGCACUUCCCCCACAAUGGCCAAUCAUUAGUCCCAGUACUGAUCGACGGAAAGCCGGAGCACAAGAAGUACGCUUUCACUGAAGGAGGUUUUCUGAUCAGCGAGGAGCCACUGUUGGAGCAAGCACCUUACCCUUAUGACAUCAAAGCUGGCCUACAACACCAGGAUACAGCAUUAGUGGGUAAGUCCAUCAGCAUACGAGAUAAACAGUGGACAUAUGUCUAUAGACUUUACGAACCGGCAGAGUUGUAUCACCGUGUCAACGAUCCAGAAGAGAUGCAUAAUCUAGCCCACGACCCUGAGUAUGCGGGCGUCGCGCGGACCAUGGAAAGUGACAUCUUCCGUUGGAUGGUUGGUGGAUCGGACUUCUUACCAUGGCAAAAGGAUGCACGAUUUCCUGAAGUUCAGCUGAAGUCUCCGAGGGAACAGUUGCUAGAACGCCUGGAACGAGCAGGUCAAGAAGUGAACGGACAUGCCAUAGAGUGA